UCAUACAGCUCCCUAAUUCUAUCCCUGUCUCUCUCUCUCUCUCUCUCUCUCUCUCUCUUCAACAAUACGCCACCCACCUCUCUCUCAUUUCAAAUUUCGUAUUUCAAAGUUCCAACCCUUAAUUUUGAAUAAAUUGAAAUUACGCUAUGUCUUCACAACAAACCACCGGCGGCGGCGGUGGCGGUGGUUCAUCGAACAACAAUGCAGUCGAUUUUGACCUACCCGAUGAAAUUCUGGCGGUUAUUCCAACGGACCCAUACCAUCAGCUGGAUCUCGCUCGGAAGAUAACUUCCAUGGCUAUCGCUUCUAGGGUUUCGUCUCUUGAAUCUGAUACUGGUCGUCUUCGUCAGAAGCUUCUAGAAAAGGAUAGGGUUAUUAAUGAGCUUGAGGAUCGUGUUUCCACUCUCACUCGUGCUUCUCAACAGGCUCAUUCUGCGUUAAAUAACGCCGUUGAAGAAAAUGUAAAGCUUACGAAGGAGAGAGAUGAAUUGGCAGCAACAGUGAAGAAGCUAAGUCGUGACUUUGCAAAGUUAGAGACAUUCAAAAAACAACUGAUGCGGUCGCUAGCUGAUGACAAUCCUCCUCAAGCUGAAACCAUAGAUAUUAGAACCUGUGACCAAGCCGUUCCAAAGGAUGAUGAUGUUAAUGGCUAUACAACUCAUAAUUCAUACCGUGGCUCUGCAGAUGUCGGUAAAACAAUUGAUGAAGCUCCCAGGUAUUCAGGACAAAAGUUUUCUUUGACGCCUUAUAUCACACCACGUCUUACACCAACUGCAACUCCAAAAACGGCAGGUUCUCCUCGAGGAUAUUCUGCUGCUGUAUCACCCAACCAAACAUCUGGUGCCACCUCUCCCUCAAAAGUCUCAUAUGAUGGACGGUCAUCUCUCUCUUCAUGGUAUCCAUCAAGUCAGCAGUCAUCAGCAGCAAAUUCUCCACCUCGAGGACGAUCAAUUCCAGGUCGAACUCCAAAGAUUGAUGGAAAGGAGUUUUUUCGUCAAGCAAGGAGCCGCCUUUCAUAUGAGCAAUUCAGUGCAUUUCUUGCUAACAUAAAAGAAUUAAAUGCUCAGAAACAAACAAGAGAGGAAACUUUGAGAAAGGCAGAUGAGAUAUUUGGGUCAGACAACAAAGAUCUUUACUUGUCUUUUCAAGGAUUGCUUAACCGGAAUGUACGCUAGGACUGAAGACAACACUGAUUGUAAUUGUAUGAGUUGGUUACUGAUCCAAGUCAGCAUUUUUGGACUGAUGUUCGACUCAUUUCUCUUUGAUUUACUGAAUCAAAAUCCAACUAAGCACUGAUUUGAGCAAUUGAAUUCAAGACUAUAUACAUUUAAUCUUGGAUUUUCAUUUUCUGAAUAUUUUUAUAUUCCCUGUUGUAUGUUGUGUAUAUAGAAUCUUGCAAUUUUCUUUCUGAAUGGUAUUCACAUCAUAUUCGAAAUGCUGAUUGAGUUUUGAAUAUUUUGUUUUUUGUACUCACUUGUACUAUAAUGUGAAUUUUAGACAAAUCUCUGUAUCUUUGCUCAGUGAUAUUCAAAUGCAGGGUGUGUUCAUUGGAGAAA